AGGCGUGGUUAAUGGGUGCGGUUUGUAAAAUAUGGCCGACAAUAUUUCUGUAUCUUCAUCCAUUAGCAAUGCAUCAGUCCUCAGUUUUGAUUUCAAUGCUCAAGACAUUCACCCAUCCUGUCCUGAAAAGAUAGUAUUCUGUAUCGAUGUUUCUGAAGAUGUAUCAAUUACUACUGUGAAAUCUAAAGACAGAGGUGAUUUGCCGUUGUUUACGGUAUGGAAGAAUGCUCUAACACAAUUUGUUUUCAACAAAUCGAUGAUGGGCAAACACGAAUUUGCGCUAAUGAUUUUAACUGAUAAAGCUAAUUGGUUUUGUGACUUCAGUAGUGAUCCACAGCUAGUCUCAGAUGCACUUACAUCCCUAGAGAAUGUCCAAGAAAAAUACGACUCAUUUGAUACUUCUUCCAUAUUCUCAGCAAUAUAUGAGAAUUGUCCUCCUCCAAGCGUUUGUGUUGGCUCAUCAAUGUCUCCCCCUCCAUUCAUUGUUAGAGUUAUUAUAUUGUAUGGCAGGUCUCAUUGUUUACCUGUUUACAGAGGGGAAUCCGAGGCCCACAGUGAGCUAAUGGCCUCGCCUCAUUUUUUCUUGGAUGUUUUGUAUAGUCACGACCCACCAACAGGCCACAAUGUCUGCCAGAGCAUAUUUGACAUACUAUCAGAGAUAUAUCCUAAACCCAAGGCAUUAGUGUUGGACUGGAGUGCGAACCUUGUCAAGUUAUAUAAUUUUUUUGCAAAACUUUUAGCCCAUCCAUUGCAGAGACCCGUACAAUCGAUGAUGGACAAUAGAUUGAUUUCACAAAAAACAUAAAGAGAUAAUGACAUGCUAAUAAAAUUAAAUAAAUGUAGCAAUAAAAAUAAAUAAUGAUGUGUGCAGAUGCUUGCAUGUUAAAAAAUCUUAUUUAUACUGGA